ACCUCCAUCUUUUAGUCCAACUGGCUGCCAGGCUGCACUCCCACCCCUUUUUCCUCCUCUCACCCCGAGUCACCUGUUGGGUUCGGGAGUUGAGCACCAUGGGGACCCCGAAUGAUCAGGCAGUGCUGCAGGCCAUCUUCAACCCUGACACCCCAUUUGGGGACGUUGUUGGGCUGGACCUGGAAGAAGACGCGGAGAAGGAAGCAGAUGGAGAUGGAGUUUUCCCUCGAGCACAGCUGGAGCAGUCCAAGGCUCUGGAGCUGCAGGGGGUUAUGGCUGCCGAGGCUGGCGACCUCAGUACAGCCCUGGAGAGGUUUGGCCAAGCCAUCGACCUGUUGCCUGAGAGGGCCUCAGCCUACAACAACCGAGCCCAGGCCCGGCGACUCCAGGGAGAUGUGGCAGGCGCCCUGGAGGACCUGGAGCGCGCGGUGGCGCUGAGCGGCGGUCGGGGCCGCGCGGCCCGCCAGGGCUUCGUGCAGCGCGGGCUCCUGGCGCGGCUGCAGGGACGCGACGACGACGCCCGUAGGGACUUCGAGCGCGCGGCGCGGCUGGGCAGCCCCUUCGCGCGGCGCCAGCUGGUGCUGCUCAACCCGUACGCCGCGCUCUGCAACCGCAUGCUGGCCGACGUGAUGGGGCAGCUGCGCCAGCCCCGCGACGGGCGCUGAGCCGGCCGCGGGCCCCCAACCAAUAAAGCUGCCGGUCUCCCCGCU